AGAACGCAUAAUUUUGUAACUCACCUGAGCGACAAUGCAUUGUAGCCGUUUAUGAUUUACCUGCUAAGAUGUCGCAACUGGUUGAUAAAAUGAGCACCCUAAAAACUAAGUCCUUUUCUGUGCAAAAAUAUUGCGAUUUAUUUUAUAUAUGGUUUUACAAAACUUUAAGGGAUAUACGGAGAAAAAGGAAAGGUCAAUCUCAGCCAUCCUACGUUUAUCUAAUACUUAUUGUGAAAUUUCUGGCAGUGUUAGCUUUGUUGCUUUUUUUUGUCGUAUCGGUCGUAACCGUCUUUGUAAAUGGUAUCCGUCUGGGAUUUGUGCGCUCCAUUUCCGGUAGCCAGGAUGACAAAAGUGAUCUGCAACCUGCCUGUCGCGUUAAUAAAGAACUGGAUUAUCCUACCUGUUUGUCUACGGGAUACUGUUGUGGAGACAAGGAAAUUCCGAUGUUUACACCGAUAAAGAGGAAAGUAACUGGAAAACAACUCUGCACCGAGACGAUUAAUGUGGUAUAUAUGGUGUGCGGAAGUGAGAAAAUCGGUUCUGUCCCAGUAUCCAUCAAAUCGCUCGCGCUUUUCACACAGUGUGCAAUAAAUAUAAUUCUAUUCACGGAAUCAUCCCGCGUCAACGAAUUAAGUGCCGCUGUUCAGGAAGUUAUCACACCUUUUCUUCAGCAUCAGCGUAUCACCUGGGAAGUUAAGGGACUAAGUGGAUUCAUCGAUGAGGACAAAAUCAACGCGAGUGUGCUAAAUCCCAGUGCGACAUAUUGCACCGGUCGGCUGAUUUAUCUUCCGACAAUGCUGGAGGCAACGGAUGCUAUAAUCUACUUAAAUCCGGAUACGAUUUUCCUGGCUCCUGUGGAGUAUCUGUGGGAAACCUUCUCCGAAAUGCAGAGCAACAGUCAAGUAGCGGCUAUGACAGCGGAUUAUGAAGAUCCAGAUUUGGGUUAUUAUAACAAUGUGUACACUGUGCCAUUUGUGCAGCCAUUAGGAAUCAAUGCCGGAGUCGUCUUAAUGCACCUGAAAAAUCUAAGACUGAUCGGAUGGGAUAACCACAUGCAGCUGACGUACACAUCCACCAAACAUCAAAUACGUCGCGGCACACAGGAUAUGUUGAAUGUUUUCUUCCUGCAAAAAUCAUCACUGUUUAAACUGCUUUCGUGCGAAUGGAAUUUUCGACAUCACCAUUGCUAUCGAGAUUACUGCAACUGCCGCAAUGCAAAACGAAACGGAAUAUCCUUAAUUCAACAGUCGUCGCAUUAUCUUCAGAAUGGGCAAGAUGCUGAUAAACGGCAUUUGACAGCAAUUCAUAUCGCGCUUGUGAAAUACGUCCUGGACGAGCAGAAUCCGGAAGAAACUCUUUUAAUGCCAUUGAGGACAAAAUUCAAGCGUAUUGCCGAAGCCGGUGUGCACAAUUGCGACCGCGUUUUUAAUAAUACGCUUAAUUUAAUGCAUGAUUAUUUGGCUCAAAAGUAUGGAAAUAAUCGAAAACGAAAAUAUGGAUGAUCGUUCGGUUUUGGAUGCGCUGGCAUCGGGCAAGGUGGUUUAUUUUUGUGGUGAAUGCAAUCUCAAAAUUUUACUGUGAUGAUUUAUUUUGCACAAAUACGCUUGUUGUAAAAUAAAUAAAU